GAUAAUUUACGCUUGGAACGUCAUCAACGAUUGUUGGUGCUGGAAUUGGAGGUGCUAGCUCAGCUUAUUAUUUACGUCAGUUAUUUGGUAAUAAGGUUUCUAUCACUCUUUUCGAACAAUCUGGACGUAUUGGAGGUCGUAUGAAAGCAAUUUCUUUUUGUGAAGAAACUUGUGAAACAGGAGCUAAUGUUUUUCAUUCCUCCAAUAAUUACAUUUUAUCUUUUGCUCGAAAGUUCAAAUUACGUAUACAUCGCCUAACUGAAGCAGAUCAGCGUUUGUUCCUCUUUGAUAACGGAUAUAAACCAGUAUUCUCAGAUGUUGAUGCCAAGUCUUCCAUUCUAACACCAUUCCGCCUACUUUGGCGUUAUGGGUUAAGCUUGUUCAAAUCAAGGUUUUAUGUAACAUCUAUGGUUCGUGAAUUUAUAAAGAUUUAUCAAUUACAAGAUCAGGGUGAUUGUUUCGAUUCUCCAGCUUUGCUUUUGAAGGCAUUGUCUAAAGAAUUUCCUGAGAUGACAAAGCACAGCUUUGCAGAUUGGAUGCAGAAGCAAUCGAUAGCGAGUGAGAAGUAUAUGAAUGAACUUUCGUUUGGUAUACUUUCAAACAUUUAUUGUCAUGAUUUGGAUGUUCAUGCAUUUGUUGGAUUAAUCUCUUCAACCUGUUCAAUGUCUGACCUAUACUUUGUCGAAGGUGGAGCUGAACAAAUUCCAAAGAAGCUGGUUGAGACUGCUUUGAUAGAGAAUCCAGCUGAUGUAUCAAAGGAGUUCAUACAUGCUACGGUCAAGAAGAUAAUAAGAACUGAAAAUAAUAGAUUGCGUUUAUCCUAUGAGUUAAAGAACAGCGAUGCACCUGAGGAAUCUUCGUUCGACUAUGUGAUUUCGGCAAUACCCCAUCAUCAAGAAUCAACUCUCAUGACCUCAGAUGAUAUAAAACUACCCAAGGUACAAUAUCAUGCAAUGAAUAACACACUUUUAUCGGGUAAUAUAAACUAUUCCUUGUUUGGAUUGCCUCAAAAUGCUUUACAAUGUAAUCAAAUGGUGUCGUUUCUACCCAUCUCUAAUUACCAUUCACAUGAAAAACAUCCUGUGCGAAGUAUAAUGCACUUACCGGUGAAACCCACGAACACUGAAGCACCAGAUGGCAUUUGGAGUAUAUUUUCCGAACCGAAAUCCAUACCGGACCCAAAAACAUUCCUAUCAAAUUUAAUUUUGAAAGAUCCCAAUGAUGAAGAAAAUCGUGUUGACGUGAUAAGAUGGUUAGCGUAUCCAAAAUAUCAUCCUGUUGCUGAUCCAUAUACAGAUUUAGGACAGUUCAAGUUGGCCCCGGGAGUGUAUUAUCCUAAUGCUAUUGAACUUGCUGCUUCAUGCAUGGAGAUGGCUAUAAUUGGUGGACGUAAUGUGGCACUUAUGAUUGCAAAAGAAAGAAUUCCACCAGUGGAUUCAGCUAGUUCAUCCUAG